GAUCCCACUGGGGGGGUUGAGAUCUGCGACAGUCUGUGGUUGCAGCGCAGACGGCUUGGGUCGGAUCUUGGGCUGCCACGACUAGCCCAGACAGGAGACACGAUCGAUACACCUACGCUCGGCCUGACGGGGUCUCACAGUACUGUCCACAGGGAUUAUCUGUCUGCGACCUGCAGCGAUAAUUAUGGCUCGUUUUAGGCAAUGAAAAACUCAUUUUAAUUACUUUCGUAGAGGACGGUUCGGUUUGCACCUUAUGCAACACAGAGCCCAGCCAGCAUGAUGAAGGGCUCCGCGUUGGUGUGGAGACGGACCUACGGCAGGCUGACAUCCGUCCUGCUCCUCCUGCUCCUGUCCGGGCGGCCUGAGGGAGCCAGCGUAGGCCCCCCAGGGAAGCCCCGGCUCAUCGGCUGUCGAUCGCCGGAGAAGGAGACCUUCACAUGCCGGUGGGAGCCUGGCUCCAGAGGAGGCCUCCCUACCCAGCAUGCCCUGUACUACAACACGGAGAACUCUGAAAAGGUCUUUGAGUGCCCAGACUAUGAAACAGCGGGUGAAAACUCCUGCUUCUUCAACAAGACCUACACAUCAAUCUGGGUGAGCUACAACAUCACGGUGGUGGCCAGGAACGCCCUGGGGAACGCCAGCUCAGACUCCAUAGAUGUGGACGUGAUGAACAUUGUUCAGCCUCACCACCCAGAGAACGUGACAGUAACUCUGGAAGAUGGUGACAACCCGUACCUGCAAGUGAAAUGGGAGAAACCUCACAUGGUGGACACCCGCUCCGGCUGGGUCACUCUCAGCUACGAGCUGUGUGUCAAGCGGGAGAAAGACAACAAGUCGGAGCUUCACUUUGCAGGCCAACAGAAGCACUUCCGAAUCUUCAGGCCCGUACCCGGGGAGGUGUACGUGGUGAAGGUGCACUGCAAGCCUGACCAUGGAUACUGGAGCGAGUGGAGUGCCCCGGCUUUCAUGAAAGUGCCCGACUAUAUCCCCAGGGAAAAGUCCAUGUGGAUUCUCCUGGCUGUUUUCACUUCCUUCAUCUUGCUGAUCCUCGCGUGGGCACUUGUCCUUAAGAAAAGCAGUGUGAAACACUUUUUGUUGCCUCCGGUGCCAGGACCGAAAAUUAAAGGCUUUGACAGCCAUCUUCUCAAGAAGGGGAAGUCAGAGGAGAUCUUCAGUGUCUUGAUCGGCCAAGGAUUCCCUCCGACGUCGGACGGCGAGGACCUGUUAGUGGAGUACCUGGAGGUGUCUGAAAGCUUACAGCAGGACCCUGCAGCCACACCCCUGCCCGAAGCCAAGGAGCAGCAAAGAGACUGGAGCCCCGCCCCCUUUGCCGAUUCUGGGCAGGGCCCUAGUGUCCAUCACACUUUGCAGGUGAAGACCGGUGAGGAAUCCGCCACACGGAGCGUCAAACAGACGCAAGCCUUCGGUGGCCCCCUGGUGACGUCUAGCAGCAGUCAAGCCCCUAAGCCUGAUGGGAAGGCCAAUAUUAUCUCCUCUUCCUCUUCCUUACGGCCUUCGUGUGUCCAGGAGACCCUUUAUGUUGCUGAGGUUCUAAUAAAGGGGCUGCCCCCUGCCACUCAGCAAGAUCGCCAAGUCACCCCAGCUGGGGUCUUCCCUUGCAACUCUCCCGUUGAUAGUAACUAUACUCAGGGUGAGACAGGCCACAGCGGAAAUCGCGGUACUGCUCAGAGGCCGGACGUCUCUCCUUCAGCCUUGAAGCCCACUGAGUAUGUAGAGGUUCAGAAUGUAAACCAGGAGGACAGACUGGUACUGAGACCCAAAGCAAAGGAGGACAUUGGGGACCUUUGGCAGGUGGGGCUCAGGGGGCAGGAAUACAGCAAAGUGAGCGAAGUCAUUAACGAUCACCUCCUCCUGCUGGAGAGGGGAUCGACAUUGGCGGGCCCCAGUUGUAGUGCCAUGGAGGGAACGGUUGAGGGCCGUGCCCAGCAGCAGCCAGCUAAACCAACCCUCCAGCAGGGACUAAACGGCUAUGUGGAUACAGGUAGCAUGCUGGCACCUUACUGACUGCUGCAGUUAGCUGUCUCAGGGCCCUGCAAAAGCCAAUCAAAAUGAAUAAACUGCAAAUUGAUACAACCCUUUUGAGAAAAGGUUCAAUGGGGAGCAUUUAUCCAUACCUCUGUCAUGUGUGUCCUUUCAGGAUUUCCCUGUAUGUUUUUGCACUUCUCGAGAUCUCUGUAGAACAUUUAUUUGAUUAGAAAGGCCAACAUAUUACUCUCACCUCUCUCUGCUGGAACAGACACAGGUGUUUUUGUCCUUCAUCACAUCCUAAAACAGCAACAUCUCAAUCUGUGGCUUGGACAGCAGCAAAGAAUGAACCAAAGUGGUUCACAUGAUUGGGGUGGAUUUCACUUUUUUAUAAGCAUAAAUGCUUUUCUGAUGCAUGCUUUUUUUGGUGGAAUGUGUACAUAAGAGAGAAAAAUGAGAGAGAAUUAAUUAUAUUUUAUUAUAUUAUAAUUGUUUGAUGUCAAGCUCUAACCACUAUAUCCUUUCGACUCACUGGAACUCCUCUGAGGACUUUCUGGUCAAACGUUGGGAAAUGUGCACCAUCAUUCAGCUCUAGCAUUAUACACAUGGGCGCCAAGGUUAAUUGGGUAAUGUUUGUGAACCCAGGCUUACAGCCUGCAAACUCAAAAUCCCGCUAAUCGCUAAAACAUGGGGCGUGUUUGUUAGCAUUGCAGGAAUUUGUUUUCCCUUGGGGUUGCACGCGUCGACUUGUCGGUGGCAAGUCGCACUCACGCUACCGCAUAUUUUCUAGGUGCCACACUGAUGUUUCAGCAGCUUUCGAAUUCCGUGGGAAUACCACACUACACUAAAGCUAUCGUACGACUUAUCGUGUACAGCGAGGUAUUUACAUCCUAUACACUAUUUCCAAAGUACAGUAGAGCAUUUGUACAGUGUGAAACAGGAAGUCUGGUCCUAUUACCUUUGUUUGGCAUCAUCUAAGCAGCAUGAUGUAGGAUAUAUGUUUGUUUUUUACCUGUAGAGCACAAGAAAACAUUAUUCAUAGCUCCAGUGUCAGUCACGCCAGAGAUACAGAUCACCAGACCAAUCACCUCUCCAAAAUGCAUAAUUAAACACUAGGAAAAAGAAAUUGAAAUAUAGCAGGACUCUUCAAAUCUGGACCUGAAUUCCAAAUCCAGGCCAUGUUUUCAGUUCUCCCAAGUAGUUAGUUUAAUAAUUACUGAUUGCGAUCGGCCAGAGGCUUCACUCUAUAACAGCCUGGUAUUGCAAAUCUGUAGCUGUUGUACACUUAUACAUAUGAACAAAAUAUCACCUAUUUUCCUAAGAAUAACUAAGUUGAAACUAUAUUGAUUAAAAUAUGUAAAAUAAUUAUUUUGAAAUGCAGUCGGAAUUGCCCAAUGGCCACUUUCAUAAAUAUUCAUAAAUCUUCAUUUUCAUGUUUCAUGCUAUUAACAUCAUGCUUGAAUAUACCCAAUGUUACCUAUUCAAAUCUACACAUUAAUAAGGCUGACUUUAUAAAUAACUAAUAUUGUUUGUAAAGUCUAUUUUAUUUGCUAUCAACUUGGCCAUUCAUAAGCCAACAAUUUGUGACAUUAGGGAGUAAAUUAAAGAAGGUAUUGGCCCAAUAUCUCAGAAUAAAAAAUAAUCUAGUUCUUCCCAGGGUCCUAAAGUUAUUUGUUUCUGAGAAAUGUUGGUUUGGACCAUUAUGUUGGCUGCUUUUGAUUAUUUAUACUCAUUGACAUUUGAGGGUAAGGUCCUACCAAACAUCUCAGUGUGGUUGACGUCUGGACUUAGCCAUUUUAAAACUUUGGUUUUUAAUUUUUUUACCCAAUCAGUUAUAGAUUCCUGGCAUCGUUGGAAACACUGCCUCGCUCCAUAGACCAAACUGCCAAAAGUUCUUCUUUGUUAGAGACGGUCACACAUCCUGAUGAUCAUCUGUUCCAAUACAUUUGAUUAGCAGUGGCUGCUGAUUAACUUCUUAAGUGCUACAGCAGUAGAAAGGGUGCACAUACGGUUCCCCAUUUGGCUUCCGCAUUUUGGGUUGCUUUUCUAUGAAUAAACAAUGGCAUAGUGAAACGUGUCACAUGUUUGUCCGUUAUCUGAAAUUUGUUUCAUUUUAAAAGUUGGAGAGGAAAUGACAUUUAUUUAUGCUCGGAUAUAUAAGACCAUAGAACUAAAUGAGGGUAUACGUCCUGUAUGGUAAAUACUGUUGAAUGAUAUUAUAUUUCAUGUAAAGAAAUAUUUUCUGUGGAUUUUCCUGCAAACUGUAAAACUAUGUCUGACCAUGCAGCAACCAUGCUUAAAAAUUAAACCAAGAACCCAGCUUCGGAGCAACCUGGGCAUUUGACAACAUGUGGUAUAGGGACUAGCAGAGGUGGAUAAAUCAGGUUCAGAAAGUAAAAAUCCAGACCAAGAUUUUGCUUAAACCAACCAGUUAAGCAUAAAAAAAUCACAACGGUGGACAACUUCAGUGGUUGGUUGAAACAAAAUUGCGGCCUGGAUUUGUACUUUCUAGACCUGAACUAUCCACUUCUGGUGACUGUUUAUGUUUAACCACAUUUGUGUGCACAUCUAUUUAUCAGAUUUCUUACGAUGCAUUUGUAAGGUUAAUCUUGGUUGCUACCAUAUUUGUAGCUGAAACUGACAAACAAGACUUCAUAAGAUUGACUCCAUUGAGGGAUGAAACUCUGUCAACAAGCCCAGUUAGUUCAUCUAAUGACCUGCAGAAAUACAUCACGAGCUCGUCGCUGGUCUCCAGGGUAUGACGUCAUAUUUCAUUUUUAAAAAAAAAUCAAACGGAAAACGAGCUGUGUUAAUGCUAAACUCAGCAGCAACAUUUGCCAGUUAGCACUUGUUCUGUCUUCUGUUAGUUUAGAUCAAAAAUCACGGAGAAUCUAGGUGCUCGAUGCAGUUUGACCAGUUAGCUGCUGUAUUCUUAAUGUUGCCGUGCUUUGCUGACGCGCUGAAUGGCCUUGGCUGGAAGGACUGGUUAAUGUUAAACACUGUAUGACUUCUGUCGGAUUAACUUUCUGUUAAAAUGCUCCAAACGGUACGACUUACUCGACCAGCGUGGUGUUUUUGACAAGGACCAUGAAAAGCUGGAAAGGCAUCACUUUGAGUUCCUCAUUUUAAAACACGGCUAUAAAAAACAUGACAUAGGUAUAGGUUCCAUAAAGCAGGAGUGUCAAGCUCCAUUCCUGGCAGACUUUGUUUUCAUUCCAUGCCCUGAUUUAAUCUGUCCUGUGAAAACUGCCUUUUCUCGACAGUGCAGGAAAUGCGUCCGCACUGACAAAUGCAAUGUCGUGGAAUAUUUCAGAAGGGAUGAACCAGGUUCCCAUGCUUCAUGAAGUCAGCUCUAGGCACCAGGUUGGCCGAGGAGUCUGUCUCUUUGUUUCUCUGUGACUGUAUCUGUGCUGUGUAUGUCUAUAUGUUGUCACCAAAUACCGUUUCUAAAUACACAGUCUUUAGAAAAAAAAACAUCUCUUAAUUUCUGUUUUGAGCAGUUUGUAUUUUGCACCUUCCUUCCUGUAUGACUGGAUGCACUUAUGAAGAGGAUCAGCCAAAAUAACUUAAAUGAUUUUUUUAUAGUUAAACAGCACUUUAAUAAAUAGAUUUAUAUUUAAAUCUGUUUUUAUAUUAAAUGUCUAAGCUGACUGUUGAGUGUUGUCACAAUUUAUAAAUACACUCCUCACAUUUUGUUAAUUUUUUAAAAAAUAAAUAAUAAAUAACCAUUCUGACACAAGACCUCCAUUUUGGAUCUCACCUUGCAGUAGAGUUGUUUUUUUUUUGAAGUCAAUAAUGUAACCGCUAUACUUUAAUGCUUCUUAACAUUGUUUCGUGUACAAUAGUAUACUGAAAACCAAUGUACUACAUUAUUAAAAAUGAAGUAUUGCUCAAUCGAAACCUGUCCCACUUUAAUACUGUUACUUUUCUGUGUCCUACUCUAUCAACCCCUUUUUGUAAGAGUGUCUGCUGCACACUUGCCAUUUAUUUAAAAAUUAAUGGAAAAUAGUGACUAAUGAUUUGAGUUCCCUUACACCAUGUCUGAGUUUUGCUCCUGUACUAGAUCAGCAGUACAACACAUGCAAUAAAAUACUUCCUGUUUAUAUGUCAC